AUGGAUUCCCCCUUGCCGGAUCCGACAAUCGACCUUCGCUGGGGUGAUUAUCGUGGAGCCAUCCAUGAGAUAUUCGCAGCCAAUGCCGAGCGCUUUCCAGAUAGGCAAUGCGUCAUUGAAACCAAGAAGAGCCUACCAGCCGUUCAGCGCACUUUCACAUAUCGCCAGAUCAACGAGAGCUCCAACCAGUUAGCACACCACUUCUUGGCGCAUGGGUGCGAAGUGGGAGAUGUUGCCAUGAUAUAUGCCUAUCGAGGGGUAGACCUUGUGGUUGCCUAUCUAGGGGCCCUCAAAGCUGGCGCAACUGUCAGUGUGCUUGAUCCGCAGUAUCCUCCAGAGCGCCAAAAGGAAUUUGGCAAUCUUUCUGACAUUGCUAUGGACUUUGUCAGCAGUAACCUAAGCAUUAAGUCUACCGUUCCGGCACUAGAACUAUCCGGUAAUGGGGAGCUUAAGGGGGGCAUUGUCGACGGCAAAGACUGUCUCGAACCUCAGGUCUCCCGGAGAGAAGAAUUUCCCAAUGUUCGUAUUGGCCCGGAUUCGAUCCCUACUCUGAGCUUUACGAGCGGAUCUGAGGGCAGACCGAAGGGCGUCCAAGGACGCCACUUCUCACUGACUCAUUACCUACCUUGGAUGGCAGAGAGAUUUGGCCUUUCGGAAAAGGACAGGUUCAGCAUGCUAUCGGGCAUUUCUCACGAUCCGAUCCAAAGAGACAUCUUCACCCCGCUCUUCCUAGGCGCCGCAUUAGUUAUCCCCCCGGCUGAUGUGAUUGCCUACGAGCUGCUCGCGGAAUGGAUGAAAGAACACGGCAUCACAGUUACCCACCUGACUCCCGCCAUGGGCCAGAUCCUUGUCGGCGGUGCCACAACUCAAUUUCCUGCUCUUCGAAAUGCCUUCUUCGUCAGCGAUAUCUUGACCAAGAAAGAUUGCAAGAAGCUGUGCGACCUUGCACCUAAUGCUACCGUGAUAAAUCUAUAUGGCUCGACCGAGUCGCAGCGUGCAGUCUCGUAUUUUGAGGUUCCAAGCAAAGCCGUCGACCCUACGUUUCUAGAUCACUUGCCAGAUAUCAUCCCGGUUGGCCAGGGCAUGCUGCAUGUCCAGCUCUUGGUUGUCGAUCGCGAGGACAGGACCAGGCUGUGUGGGGUAGGUGAGCAAGGAGAACUAUUCCUUCGAGCAGGGGGCCUCGCAGAGGGGUACCUUGGGGAUGACGACAACACGGCGGAACUCAACCGAUCUAAGUUUCUUCCCAAUUGGUUUGUUGAUCCAAGCAAAUGGAUACAGCAGUAUGACCACCAGGUUGCUUCGGGGGCUCAUGAGGCCUGGAGGAAGCUCUACAAGGGACCACGAGAUCGCCUAUAUAGAACCGGUGAUCUUGGUCGACUCCGUACCGACGGAAGCGUCGAGUGUAUAGGCCGAAUUGAUUCGCAGGUCAAGAUUCGCGGCUUUCGAAUCGAGCUCGGCGAGAUCGACGUAUACCUAUCGCAAUACCAAUUUCUGCGCGAAAACGUCACGAUAGUUCGACGAGACAAGAACGAGGAGCCGACACUCGUCACGUACUUUGUCCCCGAGACAAAGCGUUGGUUUCAACACCUGCAGGAGAAGGAGGAUGGGAAAGAUAUCGAGCAGAAAUUACUCAAUGAAUCGAUGGCUGGAAUGCUCAGGCGAUUCAAGUCACUGUCCGAAGACUGCAAGAAGUUCCUUGCAACCAAGGUUCCUAAAUAUGCUGUCCCAAGCAUCUUCAUUCCUCUGGCUCGAAUGCCCUUGAAUCCGAACGGUAAAAUAGACAAACCUUUACUUCCUUUCCCGGACGCGGCGGACCUUGCUUUUCUCGCAAAGAGGAGGGCUUCGUCACAGACUGCCAACAUGACUGAUACCCAAACUCAACUGGCUACGAUAUGGGCAUCCAUCCUCCCCAACCGCUCUGCACGGAUGUUUGUGCCAGAUUCCAAUUUCUUCGAGGAAGGUGGUCACUCCAUCCUCGCACAGCAGUUGUUUUUCCGUCUCAAGAACGAAUGGAAAGAUAUUAACCUGCCAGUGAGUGUGAUAUUCCAGUCACAGACCCUCGAGGCCCUUGCCGCAGAGAUCGAUCGCUCACAAGAUCCUAUUGGUCUCCGCCUUGAUGCGAUGCCACUCGCUGGAGACGGAGAUGUCGGAGACGAGGCGUACGCAGCAGAUGCGAGAGAUCUAGUGCAUCAAUUUCCAGACUCCAUCCGAAGUGCAGAAAUCGAGCAAGACUACACAGACACGCCGCCCACAGUGUUCCUAACCGGCGCCACCGGCUUCUUAGGCUCAUAUAUCCUCCACGAGCUCCUUGAGGGCCCCAAGAAAGUGCGUGUUAUUGCGCACGUGCGAGCCAAGGACGCAGCGGCAAGUCUCGCUCGGCUCGAGACCAUCACUAAGACUUAUUGCCUAUGGCCCCCAAGCUGGAUAUCUACAUCCAGGCUCGAAGUCGUGGUCGGGGAUAUCUCCAAGCCACAGCUCGGUCUAUCCGAGAACGUCUGGAACCGCCUCUUGAACGAAGUUGACAUUGUCAUCCACAACGGCGCCCAAGUUAACUGGAUGCUUCCGUACUCCAGCUUGCGUGCGACCAAUGUUCUGAGUACCCUGGCAUGCAUCCAACUCUGCGCCACAGGAAAGCCCAAGCGACUGGCAUUUGUCAGCUCAACCUCGACUCUAGAUAACGAGCACUACGUCCAGCUCUCCUCAAAGGCCGGGGCUGCUGUGCUGGAGACGGACGACUUGGAGGGCAGUCGCAAGGGCCUUGGCACAGGGUAUGGGCAGUCUAAGUGGGCGAGCGAGUUUGUCCUACGCGAGGCUGGACGGCGGGGCCUUGUAGGCGCCAUUAUUCGCUCAGGAUAUGUUAUGGGGGAUCCGGAAUCCGGAAUUUCAGUUACAGACGAUUUUCUAGUCCGGCUGUGGAAAGGAUGCUUGCAGGUGGGAGCGCGUCCCAGCAUUGCAAACAGGAUCAACGCCGUCCCUGUCACGCAGGUCAGUCGCAUCGUCGUUGCUGCGGCGUUUCAUCUCCCAGCUGCUAUCGGGCAGUCCCUAGGCGUGGCCCAGGUUACCAGCCAUCCAUGCCUGACGUUUGACGAGUGGGUUGGUGUUCUUGAGGUGUAUGGGUAUCUCGUGCCAAUGGUGUCGUACCAGGAGUGGUGCACUAAGGUCAAGGAAUACGUAAGUGACAACACCAAGGAGGAGCAUGCUCUGCUUCCAUUGUUCCACUUCGUGGUGGGAGACUUGCCUGCGAAUACCAUAGCCCCAGAGCUGGACGAUGUCAAUGCAGCAGCAGCGCUCAAGGCAUAUGAUAAAGACACAGUCAAGGAUCCAUUAGCUGCAAAUGCUAUAGAUGUGAAGACUCUUGGCAUGUACUUAGCGUACCUUGCUGCAGUUGGCUUCCUGCCUGCGCCGGCAGAGAAUGGCGAAUGCAAGCUACCUAGGAUCGAUGAGUCGAGGUUGCAGGCUUUGGGUGCUGGUCGCCUUGGUGGCAGGUCUGCAAGGCCGUGA